UUGAUCGCAUUUGCCCAAUCUUUAGGAUCUUCUGACUCUACCACACAGCUUGAACCAUGCGGAACUUUCCUCAAAGCUUCUCCAAAUCCAGAGUUCCCACUGACCAGCACAGGUAGACCAGCAGACAAAGCCUCAAGGGCAGCUAGACCAAAGCCCUCAGUUCGUGAUGGCAUUACAGCAAGAUCUACUUCACAAAAUAAUUCAGCUAGCUUCUCCCUGCUUUCAUUAAAACAACGCACCCUGAGUUGACUGCGGUCAAUGCCUUGCUGGAGUAACAUUUCUGCUACUUUCUCUUCUUCACCACUUGUUGCUCCUACAAACACAAGUUUGUAAGUCAUGUCUUUCAACUCAGCAAUGGCUUGGGCAGCAAUGUCAUAUCCUUUCAGCUGGAAGUCUUCAUUAUCGCCACGCCCAAACACUAAAACACUGAAUGAGUUCCUUUCUUCAGUGGCUUGAUUAACAGCAGCAAACUCGGAGAAAAUGCCUGGCGUAAGUUUGAAAACAUGUUGAUCCUUUCCGGAUGGACGAAGAUAACCUGAAAAAGCUUCAGCCAGCUUGGGUCCAACUGCUACAACUUGAUCAGCUAAUUUGCAGAGUUCAACCUCCACUUGGUGCUUCUUCUCACCUCUGGAAAUGCAUUUUUCAUAUCCUUUGUACAUUCCAAGUUCUUCUGGAGCAGUGUGGACGACCUGAAUCCACUUACAGUGAGGACGAUCACGUUUUAUACCCUGCACUUGCCGGCCAAGAACGGCCCCAUGUCCUAUCACACAGUCCACAACAUGGUCUUCUGGUAGAAAGGACAACCAGUCAACUGGGUCAUAACCUGCCAUUUCUUCUGCUUCAAUGAGAUGAACAUUGUGACUUGCAGCCACUUGUUUAUCUUCUUCACUGCACUCAGGGAGAUAAACACUGACCUCCACUCUGGGAUGUUUUGCUAACUGAAUGGCCAGCUCUCGGUUGA